CCUAAUAUUGCUUUUACCUUGUUUUGUUUUGUACUUGCCUUUUAGGAUAUCCAAAUGCAUUUCCUUGAUAAUAGUUAGAAGAAUAGAGCAAUUUGUCAAAAAAGAAGGAAUAGAGCAACCCACCGUUCUGAUCUAAACGCAACACAAACAGAAACAAACAUGGAGAAAGAGAAUUCGCGCGAAAGAAAGAGUGAGCCAUGGGAGAAUAUGAAAACUCAUGGAACAGAGAUAAGAAGAAGAAGAAGAAGAAGAUGGAGGCAAAUUGAUUUGAGGAUCUGAUACUUGGGAGGAAUAUGUCUAAAGUGAAACCAACAUGGAUUUAAUCCAAUGGCUUGGUGAUGACAUGUCAACAAAGGUUUUCUCCUAUUUGGAUGAUCCUCGUGACCUUAUUCGUGUAUCUGUUGUUUCUCGUUCCUGGAAAAAAAUUGUUAUUCAAAAUGACCUCUGUAAACGACUUUGCUUGAAAAUGUUUCCUGAAAUAUCCGGUCUUGUUCAUAGCAUUGAGGUUGACAAUGUGAUUGAACUUGAUGGCAACUUGCUUGAGAGAAAUCAUAAAAUCUAUGCGUGCCUGGCGUUUGGCCUCACUCCUAUGAGGAACAACUGCAUCUCAAAAAGCCUGUUUGCAUCCAGCACUAAUGACGACUGGGAUGAAAACUUUAAAAAUACAUUGGAGCCUGGGGAUGGAAAUGAAGAUGGCCCAUCAUAUUGGUCAAGUAUAGGGCAAAGCGAUCCUUCUAUUCCCGAGGCUUUAGUGUAUAAGCUAUGUUCCAAUAUUUGCCUUGUCUCGGAGAUUCAUAUCCAGCCAUAUCAAGAUUACUUUGAAGAUGAUUGUCCAAUAUAUUCUGCUAAGGCUGUACGGUUUAGAUUGGGCUGUGAGAGACACGACAUGGAAGUAGAAUCAAACACUGUUGUGCCUGAUUCAUUGACUUUCAAUGAGGAUUUCAAAUGGACGUACACUUCACCUGUAUUUCCCAUGUCUCAUGAUGAUAUGCUGCAAACAUUCAAGCUGCCUGAGCCUGUUCUGUUUGGUGGAGAUGUUCUGCUAGUGGAGCUGUUAGGUAGAAUAAAAGAAAAAGAGGAUAAUUUAUUCUACAUAUGCAUCUCUCAUGUUCAAGUUGUUGGACGAACAAUUUCUCCACCAUUUAUUGUGAGGAAGUGUGAACGUGGAGGGUGUAGCUUGAGAUAUUUCUCACAUGUGCACCGGGGAGUUUGGUGUCGAUGCCGGUUUAUUGGAGGUGGCGGCAGAUGGGGUGAUUGUUAAUUACUUUACAAUGGCAGUUGCAAAGAAUUAGUAUUUUGGCGACAUUACUUUAAAUGAUAUUAUUGAUUUUUUAUUUGGAUUUACUAUAUCAUCAAUUACAUUUUGAAUUUAUAUAAAUAAAAAUUUGAUACUUAAUGAAACCAACUUGUUUUA